UUGAUCAGCUGUACGGUAACUUAGCGAUAAGAAAAUAGACUAUUGGUUAAAUAAAUUUAAAUUUAAGUGUGUUUUAGGAGAAGAGGAACUUUCAGUAUAUUCCUUAAGAUGAGCUGAGCAGCAGUCCAGUUUACAAGAUGACAAGAGUUCGAGAGACAAGAUACAAGAUCACUGAAACAAGAGCCAAGACUGAAGAUUCAAGAGAAGAGAAAGCUGGCAGCCAUGGACUUACAAGUGGAGAUUAAUAAGGUCAUGUAAAGUUUUAUUUUUUUUUAUGGAAGACAGUAACUGGAGUUUUUUUUUGUUAUAAACAUUAUUUACAGAACUUUUUAGGUUAUAGUAAUGUAAUGGAACUAGUGAGUUGUGGUAGCUGUCAAAAAGAACUAAUACCUUAAGUUUAAUUUUUAAAGUUAAUUUUCUUAAUUUACAGAGGGAUUAGUAGUUUUUUUUUAAACCUUAUUUAGGUUGGAAUUUAAAUACAAUAGCUUAUUAUAAAUGUGUACGAACAGUUCAAGUUCACAGUACUGAUAGGUAGGUCAGAUGAUCUUAUUGAUUUUGAUGAUUUGUUGUUUUGAGUUGAUUUUUAAGUGUUGUGAAUUAGACAAUGAAAUAGUUCUGAAAACUUAAAUUAUUUCAAGCUAAGAAAUAGUAAAUUUAAUUGUAACUCGAAGGACACCAGAAUGUAAAUUUGUUUUGAAUUAGUAAUGUUUGAAAAUUUUAUACUUUACAAGAAAGGUUAUAAACAAACAGAUCGGAUGGAACAAGGAUGCAGUAAAUCACAAUUUCAUUUAGAAUUAUUGAUUAGCUUUUGAGGUUAUGAAGUAAAAGUAAUUAUAGUUUAAAAGUUUGAAUAAAAAAAAAUGUUUUUUUUUAUUUGUUUGAAAUAGAAAGUUUAAAAGUUAAUUAGUCAUGAUCUAGGUGGGUGAUGGGGUGGGAAUUGGCCACUCUUUUUCCCUAUAACCUCCCUAACAUGGCCUUCUAUUACAACUAACAGAAAUAAAGAAGAAGAAAAAUGAAGAAUUAUUAGUUAGAAUGUUUCUUUCAUGAAGAUACCUGAUGAACUUUUUUUUUAUUGUUGGGAAGAAUAGUAGCAAGAUUAAUCAGAUGUUUUACUCAGAAGAAGAAGAAGAAGAAGAAGAAGAAGACAAAGCAGUUUUAUGACUCGACAAGCCAGAGAUUGGUGUUUCCCCUCUGCGCUUCUAUUGACUACGUUGUUUACUCUCAUGGGAUAGCUGGUUCGGCACCAUGGAGAGAGAUUGGUGGGCAUUGUGGUUGCCCCCAGAAGAAAAGAAGAGUAGAAGAGGUUAUGGGUGGGUCAUGUGAACUGACCUUCAACCCAGUUACUUCGUGGGGACUAUUUGCUGUAUAGAGAAGAUCAAGACUCAAGAGUUAGGGAAAAUUAUUGGAGGUCAUGUUUCCCUUCCUUAAGUUUUUCCUAUCAAAUUAUUUGCCUGAUUAGAUUAUGCUAAGGGUGGGAUACUUUAUGUUAGCAGUUGAAUUAAUUAAUUUUAUUUUUUUGUGUGUUUGCAUCCUUGCCCAUCGAUUGCAGUUUAGUAGUUAGUUUUGUAUUUGUCAGGCGUGAUGGUAAUGCCUGUUGAUGAUGUUUCAGAAUUGUAAUCUGUUCGUGAUGAGGAUGGCACAACUCCGAAGCAGAUGUGGGGAGAAGUUGUGAGCUGCCCUGGAAGCCAGUCCAGUAGCUGUUGGAGUUGAGUGGUGUUUGCUGAUGGCCAGCCCAGGGAGCUACUCUUCUCGACAACACUGACUUCGAGGAGUUGCACCAACCUUCACGAGAUAAGAGUUUAAUUAAUUGAAACACUGUAAGGACACUUAAUUUUUUUUGAAGAACGAAAGAAGUAUGGUAAUAAACGGAAACUGAAAAAAAAAAUAAUAAUAAUUAUCAAGAAUUUGCACAUUGUUUAACGAAUACUGAGAAACUAAGAACAGUAAUUUAAUUUGUAAAGAGAGCUUCACUAACAGAACAAUUUUUUUUAGAAUUGAGAACUCGAGCCUCUGAAGGUUCCUGUGAGAACAAACCAGAUAAAAGUUUUACAUUUAAUUUUAUGAAUACUUGUUGUUUUAAAAUAAAUCUUAUGCAGAAUCUAGAUGUAUGUUCAGACAGCAAGGAACUAAGAAAAUAAUUAUUUUUGUGAAAUGAGGAAUUUAUAGUUAUGGUUUAAUGGAAAAAGACAAUUUGUAAUUUUGAGGUAGCUCGAUGGGGCUCGAGCUCUGUGAGGGGAGGGUUAUGUCGCGGGUUGAAAUUUUGCAGGGUUGUUGAAAUCAAAUUUAGGGACUUUACUGACGGGACUCUGGGCUGGCUGCUCUGUUCACUCGUCAGCGCAAGUGGCGUGACCAUGUAAUUGGGGCACGGGGCCGGCGCGGCGCGCUGCGGGCUUGCAGAAUUUUGUUUGUUUGUUUGGCCGCGCGCUGGCGCAGCCACGGGCCGCAGUUACUGGGGCGCGCUGUCGUAACAAGCCGCGCGGUGUGGCCUGCACAUUGGGGUAGAGGGGGGGGUAGUCUUCCCAGAUGUUCUAGUUAGUUGUUUAGUAAAUUUGACUUCAAUAACGAGCUUUUGUUAUGGUAGGCGCGGCAGGGCGCGCGAAUUUAAGCGCAAGUGAGUGGUGACUCGGGGCUCACUCAGGCGGAGGCUAUGCGUCUCACCUGUGGUCACGAGUUGUUAGUUCGUUCGUGAUGUAGGAAUUCAAGCUUUCGGGCGGAAGCUAUGGUCGACGCCAGAGGCCACGAGUCGUUUAAUUUAAGUUAGGUCAUAAUGUAGUCGUCAAGCUUUCGGGCGGAGGCUAUGGCCCUCGUCAGGGGUCACGCGUCAUAGUUUUUAAAAUGUAAUGUUCGUUCGGGAUUUCAAGGGCAGGAGAGGCCCCUACGUUAUUUUUUUAAAGUAAUCGAUCAAGAAAGGCUUUUCGGAAAAUAUCAUCAUGCUAAUCAGGGUUACAUUGAUCGCUACAGCGCUUCUGCUGGGCGCAUGCUACUCUGCAGAAAUGGAAGGCUCAGAUACUCAAGACAGGUUGUUCGUGUGCUACUUGGCGAGCUGGGCUACACGCCGUGUCUUCUCCCUGGACGACGUGCCGACCCGGCUGUGCACGCACCUGCUCUACGCCUUCGCCGCGCUGCAGGCGGACGGCAGCGUGGCCAUGGAGGACCCCGCCGUCGACGGGCCUCAGGGACUAGACGGCUACAGGAGGUUCGUGGCGCUGAAGGAGAAGAACGCCGACCUGAAGGUGAUGGUCUCGGUCGGCGGCUGGGCGGCCGGCUCGGCCAACUUCUCGGCCGUGGUGAGCGACGAGGGUCUGAGGGCCAGGUCCGCCGAGAGCAUCGCCUCGUUCGCGUUGCAGCACGGCUUCGACGGCGUCGACGUCGACUGGGAGUACCCGGGCCGGCGCGAGAACUCCUCCGCCUCGGACAAGAAAAACUUCGUGUUGUGGCUGGAGCUACUGAGGCAAGAACUCUCGAAGCACGACUUCCUGCUGUCAGUGGCGGUAGGCGCGAAUAGAAGCUUCAUAGAGUCGUCGUACAACGUUCCCGAGAUAGCCAAAAAUGUAGACUUCAUCACCCUCAUGACCUACGACUUCCACAGCAGCAGUUUCGAGAACAAGACAGGCUACAACGCCCCCUUGUUCCGCAGGCCAGACGAUGAUGACUCCCUGUACAACGUGGACGGGUGCGUGACGGCGUGGCUGGACGCGGGGGCGCCUCCCGGCAAGCUUCUGCUCGGCAUGCCCCUGUACGGACACUCGUACGAGCUGGCCGACGAGUCGCGCGCCGGAGUGGGCGCGCCGACAGUGGGACCCGGCCCGGCCAACCUGUCCACCGCGUUCGGCCAGCUAUGCCAAAUGCUGAAAAAAGAAGCCUGCGAUUGGUCAGUAAGCUGGGAUGAGUAUGCCCUGGUGCCACGUGCUACGAAAGGCAAGUGGUGGAUCAGCUACGAGGAUCGCCUGUCGAUCACCGAGAAGGCGCUGUACGCCGUGGGACGCGACCUGGGCGGCGCCAGCGUGUGGGCUCUCGACGCCGACGACUGGGCCGGGCGCUGUUUCAACAUCGAGUACCCGCUCCUCACCAACAUCCUCCGAGUCAUCCACUACGACAGAUACCUCGAGUACCGCCGCCAUUCCCUCUAUGACGCUCGGAGCAACAAUACUCUUCACACAACCCGCAAUAACGCAUGAAUGAUCAAUGGGUUUUGCACGUCUAAUAUUUACAAAAUACAAGCUUAUUAAUUAUAUUAAUAAAUUAUUCAUUUUUAUUUACAACAUUGUAAUGAUAGUUGU